CACGCUCAGCCUCUGGAGCGCAGGAAAAGGUAUGUUAGGUUACACAUCAUGUAGAGCAAGCAGGGGCUUCCACCACUUCAGCAGGGGUGCCUUUUUUCUUCCUUUCGUUAAAUAUUGAAGAGAUCAGCUAAACAUGUUUUACAUUGCUGAGCAGUACAAAAGUUUGGCAAAGGAGAUAAGCCUUUAAUAAGGCUUCUUAGGGGAGUCUUGGCAGGAGGGACAAGACCGAAAUCUCCUUUUUUUUCAAAGCUUUGCAGAAUAAAGACAAAGGAGGAUGGAAUUGUUCACAUGAAACAGCUUUGUUACCCUCCCACCCGCAUCUGUCCGUCAACUGACUCAAUUCUUCAACUUGACAUCAUCCUUCCUCACAGACAAGCAGAAGAGGAGAGGAAGAGAGAAGCAGAGGUGGGAAAGCAAACAGAACAGACAAGAGAAAGAGGAGGAAGAGCAGGGAGGAGGUGGGCAGCACAGUUUCCCUCUCACAAAGCUGAGGAGGAGAAAGUGAUGGCAGCUAGAACUUGGCCACUAGUGAGAUGAAAUUUGAAGAGGAGACACUGGACCGCUGCAGGGUACGACAUCCAUCGAGAGCCCUGAGAUUGGACUGCCUUGAAGACGAGCCUGCCCUCUCGGGAUCCUGUGCCCCUCCACAGCCCGAGGAUGAGAGGGGUCGACUUUCACCUUAGUUGCCAGGGAUGUCAGUGCACUAUGGAAAGGCGUCCCCCUCCAGCAUGUCCAAUGCUAUGUUAUUCCUGAUGCUUUGCAAGAUUGGUCCAAGAAGAAAACUGCUGACUUUUCCAGGGAAAAUGGUAAACACUCUUCACAGAGAUGAGGAAAAGGGAAUCCAAGACAAGGAAAGUAAGGAGGAAAGCAUUUUGGCCAUGUUGGGCAUCAUUGGGACCAUACUCAACUUGGUAGUGAUCAUCUUUGUCUACAUCUACACCACCUUGUAGGUCUCAAACUCUUGUUUAUUUCAUCAACAAGCAAAUCAGAGCUCAUCUGCGCCAUUGCAGUAUGUUGACUGAUAUGGAGAUGAAGAUGGGGGGAGCAAGGAAGAGGCCAAACUUCCCCAGUGGUGAACUGGAUCUAAGACUAUGUGAUCGCCAUAUGGCAUCCAUCCUGCAUCACUUCAAACAACUAAGACUAUGGGAAACUGGUUCAUUCCUCCCUUCUUUUUAUGUAGAAUUAAACAGAAUACCUAUUUGACUUGUACAUAAAUGCAUGGUGGUAAGAGACGCUCACAAGAUGCAGCUCUUCCCAACACAUGGACACGAGAGACUGCAGAAAGAGCAUGGAAACCUUUUAGUAAAUAUGCAUCAAAGAUCAAGAUGUGAGAAGGUAAACACAGGUAUCUGCAUUAAUAUUUAUUCAUCUUUUUAAAGAUCUGUUUUUAAUACAUUAGAGUUACUUCAGAAAAUUGUUAUGCAGCUUGAUUGAAUGGUGUUUUUUUUACUCUUUUUCUCACUGUAUGUUGAAAUGAAUUAGGCAUGGCUUUUUAUUUCACUGAAGAUUUGGUCAACUGCAAAUGGGUUACAUUCGAAUGAUACUUGUUUGUCUUAGAGGCAUUUUAUUUGUGUUGUCUUUAAACAGCAUUAGGUCUGUUUAAAGUGCUGAAAUGGGUGCACUUGACAUUGAGCUUGACAUUAAAUAGUGAGAGAUCAGACAGAUUGGUGGGCAGAAGUGGCUGGAAUAUCAUUUAUUAUUCAAGUUUUCAUGCAUCACUUCAAAGUCAUACACACUGAGAUAUGAUGCCAUCCAUUUGUGAGGAUAGGAUUUUAACAUUUAUCAAAGUUUCCGCUCUAGAGGCUAGGGAGCAUCUUCUCAGACCACCUAUUACAUACAUAAAUGUACAAAUAAUUUAAGGUGGUCUGAUUUUUCAGCCAUGAUAUUAGUUGAUGCAACACUGAUUUCAAACUUAGACUUGUGCAUAAUGACUGUAUGCCUUACAACAUGAGGAAAUAGCUAUUUCCAUGAUGUAUUAAAUGAUCAGGUUAUUACUACUUUAUGAACGUUUUCACUUAUUGUAUAUAUGUAUAUUUGAAUGUCAUUCCUUUUACUGCUGAAAGGUCAUUCAUUGGGUUAUGGUUAAAGUACCCUGCUUACAGUAUAUCUUAAACAACAUGCUAAAUAUUUUUUCAAGUCAUGGAUUUCUGACUUUUGGAAAUGUGUUAUAUGACUAAUUUCCGGAAUUGGGCCAAUGUUUUAAUGUUUUUUAUUUUGUGUAGUGUACGAUAGGUGUGUGUUUUACCACACUUGACAAUACUGUGAAUGUGUGAAGAAUUUCUAGAGUGACUUUUGGUAUUUUCCUCUUUGAUUGGCUGAACUGACACUGUGUCACAAGCUAAAUCUGACUGGAAAUAAGACAAUUCUUUUAUACUGAACGGUAAAAGUUAAGCAGACAGUGUGACAAAUAUAAUUUGUGCACUCGCAGUUUUAUCAGAAUUUGGUCCAGUAUGUUUGACUUUGUACACAUUAAAUCAGGUCACGUCAUGUGACAGUUCAAAUUGAUUUCCCCCCGAAUUGUUCAGUCUUAAUUCUAAGCAAAUUCAACUCCGCGGGGGAAUCAGACUUUAGAAGUUAAGCUCUGAGAGAUGAGAAAGGCCUAUAAAUAAUUAUGUACAGUUUGUUCAGAAUGUAAGGCUAUAUAAAAAACACGUCUUUAUGUAUAAAAUAUUAAAUUUGUGUUUGUCAGUCGACAACCUCAUGAUUUCAGAAAGUGCCUAUGAUCAAAGUGUCUCAACUUUAUCAGUCAGAGGGUGGAGGAAAUGCAAAUACAAAACAGAAAGAGAUAUUCAUUAAGUCAACCUUUAACAGUGGGAAAACAUUAUCCUGAUCUGCUCUGUAUUUACAAUGGGACUAGUUUGUUAUGGCUCGGUGAAUAAAGUGGUGAGUUGCUCCUACAUCUUAAACAGAAAAGGGAAAAUGAAAGCUUGGUAAGCACAUGAACAGGUCUGACGAAUGUAUUCAUAAUGUAAAUGUUGAUUAUUCCUGUUAUCCUUAUUGUUUACUAAUCUUUCCUAAAAGCUAUGUAAACUGAACUUCUUCUUAUGUUUUAUUUCUGCGUAUGUUUAUUCUAUUUCAACUUAUUAAAUAAUCUCUUGUGGGUGACAAA